CAAACGUUAUCCAAAUUAACAGAAAAUUAUCUCCAAAAUUUUUUGAAUCAAACGGCCCCCAACAAUGAAAUUCCGAUUGAAGAAGAUCAAAUUCACAUGAAUUGCUGCAAAAAUUCAAAAGGGUCAUUUCCAAAAAUCUAGAAGAAGCCCACGAGAAUCCUGUUCUUAAGCAACUGUGCGUGCUAGUAUUAUAUAGUUUCCUAAUCAAUCGGGCGCGAAGAAUUCCGCGAUUAAGAAGAUGGUCGUCUGCUUUUGCUAUCACAUAGCAUUGGGAGCUUCCAUGGCGACGAAACCCUUCGUUACUAGGGCAGAACAGCCCAUCGCGCCCGAUCUCUACGCCGAUCGAUCGGUUUUUCAUCGUGGGUCGUCUUCCUUCUCUUCAUCUUCUGGGCGGCGCGAUCUGGUUUUCGUUGUUAAUCCCCGCGGUGCUAAUGGGAAAACGGUGAAGGAAUGGAACAAGCUGGUUCCAUAUCUACGCACUCGCCUUAGUGAACAUUAUAAUAUAUGUGAAUCCUUGACUUCAGGUCCUUGCCAUGCAAUUGAUAUAACGAGGGAGGCAAUUCGGGAAGGUGCUGAAGCUGUGAUUGCUGUUGGAGGAGAUGGAACUUUUCAUGAGGUGGUUAAUGGCUUCUUUUGGGCCGGAAAACCUGUCAUUAAUAAUGAUGGAGCAGCUCGUAAACCAACAGCACUUGGUCUUAUUCCCUUAGGGACUGGUUCCGAUUUUGCAAGAGCAUUUGGUUGGAAAAAUAAUCCUUUUGAAGCCGUGGACCGUAUAGCUAAAGGGUUGAGGUCUCAAAUUGACGUUGGAGUUACCCACGAAGAAAAUGGAGAAUAUCACUACUUUGUAAAUGUUGCAGACAUUCAUUUGAGCGCGAAGGCUGGAUUUUAUGCUGCGAGAUACAAGAGAUUCGGAAACUUAUGCUAUGUCAUUGGUGCUUUGCAAGCCUUUAUGGGGCACCAAAAUAAAGACCUUAAGAUUAAGGUUAACGAUGGUGAAUGGGAGGUGUAUCCACAAGUGACUGCCCUGUGCAUUGGGAAUGCUAAAUACUUUGGCGGCGGUAUGAAAAUCACGCCCAACGCGGAUCCUUUCAAUGGAAAUCUAGAGGUUGUAGUUCUUCAGGAUUUCAAGUGGUACGACUUUAUUCUGAAAUUACAUAAACUCUACAAUGGGACACAUUUGACAGUUAAAAACGUAUCAUCAAGAAGAGUCCAUUCGAUCGAAGUGGAAGAAGUUUCAAGCAGCGGUAGCAUUUAUGUACAAUCUGAUGGGGAACACUUGGGGUUUCUUCCUAGGAAGUUCCAUAUUCUUCCAGCUGCCAUUGAAAUGAUCUGCUGAACGUGAGCUUCCUUUUGCAGAGAGAAGAUUAGAGCGAGCUCAUUGCCAUGGCAGCCUUUUUUAGCUUUUGAUAUUUUAGCUACACUCCAUUUUUAGUACCAAGGACGAAUCUGCUUCUUUUGCUGUUGUAAAUGUGACUGCCAUUUUGCAUGAGUUUGAUAGUUUCACUUUUUUUUUUUUCA